GUUUUUCUCCUUGGAAAUGCUUGUUUACGAAAAAUGUAGUGUUUGUAAUUUAUGCAAAAUGAUAUAAAUUUGUAACUAUUUUGUAUUAAGAUUAUCAUUUUAAUAUUAAGAAUUACACAAUGAAGUCAUUUAAGCUUAUAGUCCACCAGGCUAGUUUCAGUCCUGUAGAUUUAAUAAUCAACCUUAAGGAUUAUCCUGGAUUGAAAGAAAAAGACAUAGUGGAGAUCUAUCAUCCAGAGAAUGACUAUCCACGUUUGCUCCUUCAAGUUACGAAGGUGGACGCGCCAGGUCGGGGCAGAGACACAAUCAGUGUGGAACAAAGCAUAGCAACAACAUUUCAAUUAAGAACAUUUGCUGAUGUUUAUGUAAAUACAAUAAGUGCUGCUGAAGUGGCCCUGGACUCUGUGGAGCUGACAUUCAAAGAUCAAUACAUGGGGAGAUCGGAAAUGUGGAGAUUAAAAAACCAUUUGGUUGACACCUGUGUGUAUAUAAACAAGAAGAUAGAGUAUUGUGGUGGUGCUAUUAGAUGUCAAGUCUAUGAGAUGUGGUCACAAGGUGACAGAGUAGCAUGUGGCGUCAUUACCGAAGACACAAAAAUUGUAUUCAGGUCCUCAACUUCAAUGGUCUAUCUUUUCAUACAAAUGUCAUCAGAAAUGUGGGAUUUUGAUAUACAUGGUGAUUUGUAUUUCGAAAAAGCUGUUAAUGGUUUCCUUGCAGACCUUUUCGCGAAGUGGAGGAAAAAUGGCAGCAAUCAUGAAGUGACAAUAGUUUUAUUUUCAAGAACAUUUUAUAAGGCUAAGUCUUUGGAAGAAUUUCCCCAACAUAUGAAAGAUUGUUUGCAAAAAGAUUACAGAGGAAGAUUCUAUGAAGACUUUUACAGAGUUGCAGUUCAAAAUGAGAGGUAUGAUGAUUGGUCAAAUGUGCUUCUGCAGUUACGGCGAUUGUUUACUGAUUACCAAAAGAUAGUAUUACAAUAUCAUGAAAGGCCUAAUAUGGAAAUACCAACUGCUAUAAACUCCACUGCCGCACAAGGAAAUUUUCUUGAAGUACUGAAUAUGAGUUUAAAUGUAUUUGAGAAACACUACCUAGACAGAUGUUUUGACCGUACCGGACAACUGAGCGUGGUUAUAACGCCAGGAGUAGGCGUGUUCGAGGUGGACAGAGAGCUAACGAACGUAACAAAACAGAGAAUCAUUGACAAUGGUGUCGGAAGCGAUUUGGUGUGCGUAGGGGAACAACCACUACACGCCGUGCCUCUUUUAAAAUUCCAUAAUAAAGACAACAAUUUGAACUCUAUCGAUGACUAUUCUAUGCCGCAUUGGAUUAAUCUAUCGUUCUAUUCUACCAACAAAAAGGUGGCAUAUUCAAACUUCAUACCAAGGAUCAAAUUGCCACCAAGAAAAAGUCAAGAACCUUUACGGAAAAUGUAUGAAGACGAGAGAAAAGGAAAAUUAUUGAAAGAGGAUGACUGCAUGCAUAACUCAAUAUUUGACUAUGAUUCGUACGACGCUCAAGUAUUCCAAUUACCGCCUGCGCAUAGUACAUGCGUGCAGAGAGUGACUCGAACGAAAAAGACAUCAGUGGCCGGUCUCGAAGGCAUUAGUAGAAGGAGCCCUCCUACUUCAACACUACACCACAGGAAAAUGUCAGAUCCGGAUAUACACCACAGUCUAGGCGACAUUAUAUUGACUAGUGGAGUGAUAACGUCUGCGUACGAAAUGGGCGGCGACGUGACGGACUCGCCGAUAGGUAGCAAUCGUCUGUCGCCGCGCAGUUCUAUAUCGUCUCACAAGCCCGUGAUCCGGACCGGACGCGCUCUCAUCAACCCGUUCGACCCCUCGCAUGUGACGGUCAAACUUACCAGCAAUAGGCGACGGUGGACGCACAUAUUUCCGAAAGGUCCAACUGGUGUGCUUAUCCAGCAGCAUCACUACCAGGCGCGGCCGGCGGGCGAGCCGGCGCGCAGCGACGAGCACCGCUGCGACAACAAUACCAAAGACAACGGCUCCUCCAUCAUAAACAACAACCACUCUAUAUACCAAGUUGACGGUAAUGUAAUGAGCCGCAAGCGCAUGAUCAGCGCAUCGGGUGCACUAAGCGUGCUGGGAGUAACGGGAACUCCUUCCACAACUAAUAAUGCUUCUCUAGCCCUGCUCUGGGGAGCCACCGGCGAGCAAGAGUGGACGCCCGCCCUUACUACAGCGAACCGAGCUAUAGGUGUCGAUUGGAAGUCGCUGACGAUACCCGCCUGUCUGCCUAUAACAACGGAUUACUUUCCGGACAAACGGUCACUGCAGAACGAUUAUCUAGUGUCAGAUUACAAUCUCUUGCCUGACGAUGUGAACGCUGACUUCGCUCAGAACAGAGCUAUAUAUAAAGACCCGCUGACGACGAUGGAAGUUUUCAAAGAAUUAGUCUCUCAGAGAUUGGCGCAGGGUUUCCAGCUAAUUGUGGGUGUGAAUGAGAACGAAGUAAUAGAAUCUCACUGCCCGUCGACGGCAGCGCCCCCGCCGUCUAAAGUGGCGCCGCAGUGUGGCAAGCCGUCCAACGCGGCUCCCACGAAACGAUACUUGUUGUCUAUCGGGAGAAUAUUCCACAAACUGACGCUAGUGGGAUCCACAAUUACCGUAACGCGGUAUAGGCCUAGACAUCCCUACCCUCCGUUCAAUAUUCACUAUCGUUACCGUUUCCACGCGCCCAAUCACGACACGUACGAGGUGUCUUGGGUCUCGUUCACGACGGAAAAACUGGAAACGUACAACUGGAACUAUAUGGACCAUUAUAUUUGCACGAGAGGCGACAGUGACUUCGGAUUGGUCGAGUCAAAUCUGCAGGCUCUGAAAUACUGGCGGUUCCGUACACUCCUGCUGCCAUUACACAAUCCAGCAACGAAACAAAUAUUGGACGAUGAGUCGACACACUGCGACAUCUAUCCGACGCCGACGCGCCACGACCUCGACCAACUCACAGACGGAUUCCUAAAGAUGGCCGAGCUUUAUUUCAAUAAGGUGAAACGGCCAAACAAGCAGAGGAUGGCGGGCGCGGGCGCGGCGGCGGCGGACGGCCUCACGCGGCGCCGACACUCCACCUCCAUCCUCACCCGGAGCGCCCAGGGCGGAGCGUCGAGCUCUCCGUUCCGCGAGCGCGUGGGCAGCACGCGCCUGCCGGACCGGCCGCGGCUGCGGAUCGAAGCUAUGGCUGCCGCAAAAGCUGUGCUUGAAAGAACUCAAUCGCAAACCGGCGAAUGCGAUGACACGUACGACGACGGAGUGAUGGAGCCGAAACUGAAGGCGACUGCGCCGCUCUCUGAAAUAAUGGAGCGCAUGCGCCACCCGACUCUGGGCGUGGGCUACUUGCAGCAAACUGUCAGCUUGCCAUCGCACACUUUCGUCUCUAUAUACGCGAUACACUGGCUGCAGGCGAAUAUGGAAGGGAUGACUGUUGGAAAAGCGACUGCCAUUAUGGAGAAACUAUUACAAGAGAAAAUGAUAUGCCAUGCGUCAGGAGACACGACGAAACGUUUCGUGGUCGGAUACUACAUGUAUCACAUGUUACCGCAGAAGAAAGACAAAGAGUUGACAGACUACGUAAAGCCACUCGGUGACCUGCAAAGUUUCGAGAACGAAUGGAUGGAAGUAGAAGUGAUGGGUCCGAGGUCUCCGCUCAUUCACGUGGAGUCUGCGUGCGGGGCUAUAGAUAUAUUGGGCUCGAGUCCCGUUACUGACGACACGGGCGUGCCAGCCUUCCUGUGCGACAAUAUAGACCCUACUUAUAUGGAACUGGACAGUGAUAGUGACUUGCCGUUAUACAAAAGAACUCACUUAGACAUCGAUGUGAGUAACAAAAGCGACAGAAUAGAAUGGGGUCACGCGCGAUACCAGGCCACUUUCAGGCCCGACCAGGCGUACGAGAUGUGCAUACAGUGGGCCGUCGCCAGCGGCAACAUUGUUGCUGAAUUGUUACUGGGCUGGGCCCGGAAAGCGCAGAAUUGCAGAUUACAAAUGGUUCCCAUUCCCGCCGACCCGCUUGCCUUACCGUUCACUCUAAAAUCUGAUCCUCUACGCGGCCCUAUUUACGUACCACUGAACGUGGAACCACUGCUAAGGAAUAAAACUGCAUUGUUCGAAGGUUUUCCCGAAGACACGUGGUUAGAACGACUAUUUUUAUUCCAAGAAGCGAUCGUCGGUCGUUUCGGUUUCGUCAAAUGUACUGUUGAGAGUACAUCGCACGAGACGGAGAGAGGCGUCGGCGAUCAUCUCUAUGUACACGUCACUGGGAACAUGUUCAUCCUCAUACCGACUACAGUGAAGUCAGAACAAAAAUCUUCAAGGACUAAACCGGCCAGCAAACCCCUGAACGCGAGCAGAUAUCCAGUACACACCGAAGCAGUCCCUAGUCCACACGAAGCUUAUAUAUCUCGACACGUCGGAGAGAAGAAUAACGACUACAAUAAUAGUAGACGGAUGGGCUUCCUCUGGUCCUGGAAUCACAUGAUAUCAAAGAAAUGGAAAUGGGCACAAACUCCUGCAACUGGUGACGAAGGAUUCCAGAUGCGUAUGCUGCGCGACUUCAAAUAUUUCUGUGCUAACCAAGAGCAGAGAUUAAGUCAAUUUUGGGAUCUUUGUUGGGAGUUAAAAGAGAAAGCUCGCGGUAUUCCACUCUAAGUUAAUUAAGAAUAAAAUAUAUGUUUUCGUA